CUUCCGUACUACGAGCUCGACAAUGAGCGACGACUUUCUACGCCUUGUUUCUCAAGCAAAUCCAGCCACUCGGCAAUACCAGCCAACGAAUAAUGGCUAUCCACCGUCUUCUACCUCGACUCCCUAUGACAAUUCUCCUUCAAAUCCGCAACUCAUGGAUCCUUUUUUCGACGAUGACGACGACCUCGAGUCCACGUACAGCCGCCCGAUACCCAUGCAGUCACAAGAGAGUGGUCUGCCGUUAGCACGUUCUGCUGCGCCACUGGCUGGUACAGGCAACUCCAAAGGAGGAGAUGGUAUUCCACAAGGCUGGAACUUUGACGAUGAUGACUUUCACCCUUCGAAUCAGUUUCCAUUCGGCGGCUCGAAUUCGUUUAAUGACUCAUCCAUCAAGUUGAAAGAGAAAGAGCCUAGGACAAAGACAACACGGCAAUGGAAGUGGCCCUGGACGAAGGAGAAACAAUUGACGGGGGAGAGAAUUAUUGCACUUAACAACAGUGCUAUGAAUACUGAUUUCUCUUCGAAUCUCGUUUCUACCAGCAAGUACAACCUUGUGACGUUCCUUCCCAAAUUUCUAUUCGAGCAAUUCUCGAAAUAUGCCAACAUGUUCUUUUUGUUCACCGCUUGCAUACAACAAGUACCAGAUGUUUCUCCGACCAACCGUUAUACGACCAUUGCUCCGCUUGCGGUGGUGUUGCUAGCUUCCGCGUUCAAGGAAGUUCAAGAAGAUUUGAAACGACAUCAAUCAGAUUCUGAACUCAAUUCACGCAAGGCAAAGGUCCUGGAUCCCCAGGGAACCUUUGUGGAGCAGAAAUGGAAGGAUAUUCGUGUCGGUGAUGUGGUGCGGAUGGAAAGCAACGAUUUUAUUCCGGCCGAUAUGAUUCUUCUCAGUUCCAGUGAACCGGAAGGAUUGUGCUAUAUUGAGACCUCCAAUCUUGAUGGUGAAACCAAUCUGAAAAUCAAGCAGGCGUCUUCACAUACUUCCUCAUUAACGGCGCCUCCCCUCGUUCUCUCUCUACAUGGAUCCCUUCGGUCCGAGCAUCCAAACAACUCUCUGUAUACCUAUGAAGGAACUUUGGACCUGAUUACUGGCGCCGGUACACCGAAACAGAUACCUCUCGGUCCCGACCAGAUGCUUCUCCGAGGUGCUCAGUUGCGGAACACACCAUGGGUGUAUGGUUUAUGCGUGUUCACCGGUCAUGAGACAAAGCUGAUGCGGAAUGCUACUGCGGCCCCUAUUAAGAGAACAGCUGUGGAACGGCAGGUCAAUGUACAGAUUGUCUUCUUGUUCAUCAUCCUCCUCCUUCUGUCACUAGGAUCGACCAUAGGAAGUAGCAUACGGGCAUGGUUCUUUUCCAACCAACAAUGGUAUUUAGUCGAGGAGUCAUCAAUAAGUGGAAGAGCUAAGAGCUUCGUUGAAGACAUCCUCACAUUCAUUAUCCUCUAUAACAACCUAAUCCCCAUAUCUCUAAUUGUCACCAUGGAGGUUGUGAAGUUCCAACAAGCCCAACUCAUCAACUUUGAUCUGGAUAUGUAUUAUGCGAAAACGGAUACCCCGGCUCUCUGCCGAACUUCUUCAUUGGUUGAAGAAUUAGGCCAGAUCGAGUAUGUGUUCAGCGAUAAAACGGGUACAUUGACAUGUAACGAGAUGGAGUUCCGAUGCUGCAGUAUAGCCGGUGUGGCUUAUGCAGACGUGGUUGACGAAAAUAAACGGGAAGAGGAGGACGGCAAGGAUGGCUGGAAGACGUUCGCGGAGAUGCGAGCCCUUUUAGAGGAGUCUACAAAUCCUUUUGCGGACGGAAGCUCAACUGAUGUCUCUGCGGACCAAGAAAAGGAGGUAAUCAGAGAGUUUUUAACGCUCUUGGCUGUCUGUCACACCGUAAUCCCUGAGAUCAAAGACGGCAAGACGAUUUAUCAGGCAAGUAGUCCCGACGAGGCAGCAUUGGUCGCUGGAGCUGAACUUCUGGGAUAUCAAUUCCACACUCGGAAGCCGAAAUCCGUAUUUGUAAAUGCCCAGGGACGAUCACUCGAGUUCGAAAUUCUUAAUGUCUGCGAGUUCAACUCCACCCGCAAACGAAUGUCAACAGUUGUCCGAAUGCCCAACGGCAAAAUCAAAAUAUACUGCAAAGGCGCCGAUACCGUCAUUAUUGAGCGUCUGAGCAAGAACCAGCCGUACACGGAGAAGACAUUAUCGCAUCUGGAGGAUUAUGCAACUGACGGACUCCGGACGCUCUGCAUCGCCUUCCGUGAUAUACCAGAGCAAGAAUACCGUCAAUGGUCGGCAAUUUACGAUCAGGCAGCUGCGACUAUCAACGGCCGGGGAGACGCCCUCGAUCAGGCCGCGGAAUUGAUUGAGAAGGACCUGUUCCUAUUAGGCGCUACUGCUAUCGAAGACAAGCUCCAGGAUGGUGUCCCAGAUACUAUCCAUACACUACAGAUGGCUGGUAUCAAGGUUUGGGUACUGACAGGUGAUCGUCAAGAGACCGCCAUCAAUAUCGGGAUGUCAUGCAGACUGAUCGCAGAGUCGAUGAAUUUGGUCAUCGUGAACGAGGAGAAUGCGCAUGAUACCCUAGAGUUCUUGAGUAAACGUUUGAGCGCCAUCAAAAAUCAACGGAGUACUGGAGAACUAGAAGACUUGGCGUUGAUCAUUGAUGGUAAAAGCCUAGGCUUCGCUUUAGAGAAAUCCAUGUCAAAGAUAUUCUUGGAGCUGGCUAUCAUGUGCAAAGCUGUCAUCUGUUGUCGAGUGUCGCCUUUGCAGAAAGCGCUGGUUGUCAAGCUUGUCAAGAAGAACCAGAAGUCGAUCUUGCUCGCGAUUGGCGACGGUGCAAAUGAUGUGAGUAUGAUUCAGGCUGCCCACGUCGGCGUAGGUAUCUCCGGCGUGGAGGGUUUGCAAGCUGCUCGUUCCGCAGAUGUCGCCAUUUCGCAGUUCCGAUUCCUGAAAAAGCUACUGCUUGUUCACGGUGCAUGGAGCUACCGGCGCCUAUCGAAGCUCAUCCUAUAUUCUUUUUAUAAGAAUAUUGUGCUUUACAUGACACAGUUUUGGUAUUCGUUCUUUAAUAAUUUCUCUGGACAGAUUGCAUACGAGUCUUGGACAUUGUCGUUGUUUAACGUUGUUUUCACUGUUCUUCCCCCGCUCGUUAUUGGUGUGUUCGACCAGUUUGUGUCGGCACGAAUCCUAGAUCGAUAUCCGCAACUGUAUGUGCUUGGACAGCAAAACGAGUUCUUUACGAAGAAAGCGUUCUGGAUGUGGUUUGUCAAUGCUUUAUACCAUAGCGUCAUCUUAUUCGGCUUCUCUGUUAUUCUUUUCUGGGGAGACCUCAAGCAGGUCAGCGGUCUCGAUACCGGACAUUGGUUCUGGGGAACAACGCUGUAUCUCGCCGUGCUUCUGACGGUCCUUGGAAAGGCUGCUCUAAUUUCAGACAUAUGGACAAAGUACACAGUGGCCGCUAUUCCCGGAUCUUUUGCGUUCACUAUGGUCUUCCUUCCCCUCUACGCCUAUGUUGCACCAAUCAUAGGAUUCUCCACGGAGUAUGCAGGAAUAGUUCCCUAUUUGUGGACAAACGGGGUCUUUUACUUCAUGCUCAUCUUGGUACCUAUAUUUUGCCUCAGCCGUGAUCUGGCAUGGAAAUAUUAUCGUCGAACGUAUGCGCCUUUGUCUUAUCACAUUGCUCAAGAACUACAAAAGUACAAUAUACCCGAUUAUCGACCACGACAGGAGCAAUUCCAAAAGGCCAUCAAGAAAGUCCGAGCCGUCCAGCGAAUGCGGCGCAAUCGUGGAUUUGCAUUCAGCCAAACGGAGACUGCGGGAAAGCAAGACCAGGCGAAGCUGAUACGGGCGUACGAUACGUCAAAGUCGGAUGCGAGGCCAUCUGGCUACUAAUUGUUACGUAUGGAUCGGGACAUUGUAUUCUUAUAUUGCACCGCGCAUUUCUAUAUUAUAUCUCCUGCUCUCACACGCAUUUUUUGGCU